UCGCUACAGUAAGCCGUCUAUGUGCUGAGUCUUGGCCACAUCUUAUCCACACACGCACAUCACUUCAACGCCACUUCUAAUUCCGAUAGCCCACAACACAACAACUACCACAUCCGAAGUCCAAACAAAAGCCAACCCAUAAUCCAAAACCAAAGACGGAAACUGUAAAGAGUAUCGUGUCUGUGUAAAGAGGGAAAAAUGUCAGUAACAUCCUCAUUCCCAUGCAUCAAAAUCCCAACUUCACCAUCAUCAUCAUCAUCCUGUUCUUCUGCUUCUUCUUCUUCUUCUUCUUCAUCAACCACUUCUUCUUACUCCUUUAGAUUCUGUUCAAGUAAGCCUACUCAUAUAAUAACCAUAAGGAGCUCUCAAACUGAAGGACCUCUAAGAAGACCUGUGGUUCCUUCUGUGAGAGAACCCUCUCCUCCUCCAGUACUCAAACCUACCCCUCCAACUCCUCCACCAACGCCAUCAUCAUCAUCUACGGUGCCAAAGCCAGCAGUGGUUGUUGGGGGUGAUAAGAAUGUCAUAACUUUGGAGUUUCAGAGGCAGAGGGCUAAGGAGCUUCAGGACUACUUUAAGCAGAAAAAGCUUGAAGAAGCUGAUCAAGGUCCACCCGUUGGCUUUAUUGGCAAGAAUGAGAUUACUAAUGGAAGAUGGGCAAUGUUUGGUUUUGCUGUGGGGAUGCUAACAGAGUAUGCAACAGGCUCGGACUUUGUUGACCAAGUAAAGAUCCUUCUCUCCAAUUUCGGGAUAAUAGACCUGGAAUGAUUACUUCACUUGAUGCUCAUUGCCAGCGAUAUUUUCUGAUUGUUGUAAUAGUUGUAGUCACAUCCACUGUUUGGUUUGCAACCUUUUUGAGUUAUUUAUUUGAUUUCAUAUGCUAUCAUCAAGCUGUGUCUUCGCUUCACUAUUUACAAAGUUCGUUAUUUGUUGCUGCAAAUUUACAUUAAACUUAUCGGUGCCAGUUAUCAGAUAAAAACAUGCAUUCUUUGCUAGUUUGUUUUGGAACUGGAAAAGUGUAAAAUGUAGUGCUUCAUCUUUACAAUUUUGUGGCAGUUGCAUAAA